AUGAAAGCUGAAAACGGCCGCAAGUUGUUACCGUUUUAACGAUAUUGAUCGGAAUCGAAUUUCUCCCUUCAACCCCUUUCUGGACUCAACUUUGGGAACAAUUAAAUUUCGCUCGACUUUUUAGGGUUUUCAAAUUUUUAUUCCUUUCCCCCUCUAUAAUUCUGAAUUAAUCUAAGCCAAUUAACUCUUCCCGUCUUCCGUUUGGGGAUCAAUAUCGAUGGCUGCCAACAAUAAUACUCUUGGUGUUGAUAAUACCUUCAGAAAGAAAUUCGAUCGAGAAGAAUAUUUGGAACGCGCUCGAGAGCGUGAGAAACAGGAAGUAGAAGGCCGAAAUAAAUCCAAAGCAAAAGGCCCUCCAGUGCAAAGGAAACCCCUGAAGCAUAGGGAUUAUGAAGUCGAUCUUGAGUCUCGUUUGGGUAAAACUCAGGUUGUUACUCCAGUAGCACCUUUAAGUCAGCAGGCUGGAUACUAUUGCUCAGUUUGCGAGUGUGUUGUGAAAGAUUCUGCAAACUACUUGGAUCACAUCAAUGGGAAGAAACAUCAAAGAGCUUUAGGCAUGUCCAUGCGAGUAGAACGGGCAUCCCUUAAACAGGUUCAAGAGCGAUUUGAGCAAUUAAAAAAGCGAAAGCCUCCUGGAAGCUUCACAGAGCAAGAUCUUGAUGAACGGAUCAUCAAACAGCAGGAAGAAGAGGAAGAGCGAAAGCGCCAACGACGAGAAAGAAAGAAAGAGAAAAAGAAAGAGAAGGCCGCAGAAGAGGAACCUGAAAUUGAUCCUGAUGUGGCAGCUAUGAUGGGGUUUGGUGGGUUCGGAUCAUCUAAAAAAUGAUCGCAUUUGUUUAUGUGUCAUUACAUAUUGUUUUACGUGACUCUAGUUAUUCAGGCUUUUGGAGGUUGCCUGAUUUGUAAGGUUUCCCGGUUCAGAAAGGAUAGAAAAGUAAAAAUUGCCCACCAUGCUUCAUUCAUCUUCCAGAUUCCGAGUUCAGUCAUGGAAAAAUUACUAAACUUGAGCAUCUAUGGAUGCAUGUUUAUGUUAUGCCAUGCAGUAUGCUACUUUUAUGGGGUUCUAUGCUCAGUGCUUGCCCUAUAGAACCAUGGAAUUCAGGUAAACUGUACACUGUUAUUAAUUUUUUUUUGUGGAAGAAUGGAGAUGAGUUGAAGUAGAGAAAUAAAGAGUAUGGACCAGGGAAGAGUUCAAUGGAACCAACUUGGUGAUUUAUCUUUUUAGUACGUGGUUUUUGGAGAUAAUUUCUUUCUUUUUCUCUACCAAUAAAUUGGGUGGUUUAUGCCAUGUCUAGAAAUAAAGGUAUUUUUAUUUUAAAA